CGAAAUGCAGCUAAAUUUCGAUAGUUAUAUUGGUCUGUUCUACACGGUUCAGAAGCGUGUAAUGGAAAUAUAUUCGAUAUUUCCGCAGCGGUUGCGCUGGAAGCGCUUGCUGCAUGUAGCUAAUUUUAUAUUGAUUUUUGGCUUUUGUAUAAUGAUGCUCAAUCUUUUGCUGCUGAUAUAUAUUGUUAUCCACAUUGACGAUAUGAAUGAGGUGAUCAAAGGCUUCUUUCUGCUAGCCACUUGCAUUGCCGGCUCACUGAAGAUAUUGUCGCUGAAGCUGAAUAAUCUUGCACUACUGCAACUCUUUGCUGAUCUGCAUGAUGCAGAGUUUCAGCCAACGAGCCUCGAGGAGCAGGGCAUCUUUCUGGACGCCCGUGAACUAAGCCGCACCGUACGCAAUUCCUAUGGCGCCGUCUCGCUCUGUUCGCUGAUCACCAUGCUCCUCACUCAGUAUGCGAUCGAUAAUACCCAACUGCCUUUGACCACCUACGAUCCCUUUCACGGGCAGCGUGGCUCGUUCGGCUUCGGCUUUAUGUACAUUUAUCACUGCUGCGCUCUGUCCUCCUCCUGUUUUAUGAACAUCGCCUUCGAUUCUCUGUGCUGUUCCAUAUUCAUUUUUAUCCGAUGCCAAUUGGAUAUUCUGGCCCUGCGUCUGCAAGCCAUUGGAAGCAAUUGUGAAUCGGAGAAGGCCACAGAUGCCGAAAUGUUGCUGCAGCUAAGGCAUUGCAUCCAUUAUUACAUGAAAAUCAUCAAACUCUCUUCUCACAUCGAGGCCAUUGUCUAUAAGCCCAUAUCGGGUCAGAUAUUCUGUUCUGUGCUCGUUUUAACUGCGAAUUUUUAUUCCAUGUCGCAGUUAACCGAUGAGAAGCUAUUGCUGCUUAAGAUGCUGAUCUAUCAGAAUUGCAUGCUCACUCAGAUCUUUAUAAUAUGCUACUUUGCGGGAGAGAUUACGGAGCGUAGCUAUGGCCUGCCCCACGAUAUAUACAAAUCCAAUUGGGUUGGCGCGCAUCGCUCGAAUCAGCGGCUGUUGUUGAUGCUGAUGCAGCGUCUGGAUUUACCCAUACGGAUCAGAACAUUGAAUAGCAGUCAUUCGUUCGACUUGAUGCUCUUCAGUUCGGUAAGUCUCAGUACUUAUACAUUUUGCUCAGUGUAA